AUGGACACGCCCGCUGCCGCGGACGCCCUCGCCUCGCCGCCCUCCACGACGAACAAGGCGCCGCGGCGUGCCUACGACGAGGCCAGCGCUGCAGGCAGCAGCGACAGCGAGACCAUCUCGGUCGGAAGCCUGACCUCCGGCUUUGAGGUCCGCGCCGAAAACAGCACACGACCAGACGCGACCGUCCUCACCGUGCGAGGGCCCGACGUUGACGGCGUCCUCGCCUCCAUGAUCGCUUCGCUGACCAUCUCGGGCUGCAAGCUGCUGGAGGUGCACGCCAAGACGCGAAUCUUCGAAGACACGCUGGAGGACACCUUUGUGGUGCAGGUCAAGGACGGCGGGGGACAGGUCACGGACGACCACCUCCAGGACGUCUCGCAGCGGCUGCUCGCCGCGACCAAGGACCCGCUGCAGGCGCGCUCGCCCGAGGCUGGCGCGGCGAGGCUCCAGCACGAUACGUCCGGGCCGGCGCCUGCGUGGGAGGACCGCGGCACCGCGGCGACCCUGCCGAGGGGCCGCCGGCUGACGCUCCUCGCCUGCAAGAACUGCCAAAAGGCGCGGACGGCCUGCACGGACCAGCGGCCGUGCCAGCGGUGCACGCGGCUCGGGUUGCAGUGCGAGGGGGAGGCGAAGCCGGUGCGCCGCGCCUGCGACCAGUGCAAGCGGGCCAAGACCAAGUGCGACCUCAACGACGCGAUGCCCUGCGCGCGCUGCGUCCGGCUCAAGCUCGAGUGCACUGCGGGCGGCAGCUGCAAGAGGCCACCCGGCCUCGAGGAGCCGCACGGACCGCCGCAGUGGCCCGUCGCAUGCGCGACCGCCGCCGCCGCCGCCGCCGUCCAAGCCGCGGCGACGACGGGCCCUGCGAUGACUGCGACAGCUCCGACCCUGGCCACGGCGGCGGCUCCCGCGCUGGCGGUGGCGGGUCCGGUGGCAGGCUCGGCGGUGAGGACGGUCGACCUUCCGGCGGCGGCGUGCCGCGACAGCCUCACCGCCGGCGAGGCGGCCGCCGCUCUGGACAGGCUCCUCGACCAGCCGCCGGCGCACGAGCUCACCGUCGACGAGCUCUCCCUGCCCGCCCUCACCGAGCUCGCGCUGCCCGCCCUCUUGCCUCUCGACAAGGCCGCGUCCCCGGCGGACCCCGCCGUCCCCAUGGAGAUCCUGAGCGACGAGGGACUCGACGCCUUCCUCUCGGCUGCGCUAGGCGGCUCUUGA